UCACAUUUCCAAAUCGGCUUCUCUUUUACACUCCUUUUCCGCCUUUAUGGUAGCUCCAGUUGCUACUGUUGAAAGCAUUGAGCAUAGAUGCAUAUAUAUGUUGUUUCGAUUCAGGAUUUAGGGUUUUGGAUUGGCUCGGAUUAUCAGAAAUUUUGAAACCGCAGGUUUGACAAUGCAGAGUUCAACUAGCUCGACUGUGGCUCAGCCGGAGGCAAUAUUGGAAUGGCUUCAGAAAGAGAUCGGAUACCGGCCGCUGGGUCCAUACACUGCAUCCAGCAAAGCGGCAGCUAUGCCGACGGCGGAUUCGCUCAGGAAGAUUUGCCGUGGUAACAUGAUCCCCGUGUGGAACUUUCUGUUGAAGAGGGUGAAAUCCGAGAAGACGGUGGAGAACAUUCGCCGGAAUAUCCUUGUUCACGGUGGAGAUGAUGGAGCUGGUGGUAGUAGUAGUAGCGCCAGUGCUGAUUCGGCCAAGGUGGUGGAGAAGAGUAGAGGGAGGAGGAAGGAGAAGUCCGGUGCGGGGAAGGAGAGUUCGAGCCUGGGAGCGGGGGCAGGAUUAGGUUCUGCUGAGAAUAGUAAAGAGAUUGCUUUGCAGGAGAGAGACUUGGCUGAGAAGGAGGUGGAGAGGCUGAGGCAAAUGGUGAGGCGGCAGCGGAAGGAGUUGAAAGCCAGGAUGCUGGAGGUUUCAAGAGAGGAGACAGAGCGCAAACGAGUGCUUGAUGAAAGAUUUAACUACAGGCACAAACAAGUAAUGCUGGAAGCCUAUGAUCAGCAGGGCAAUGAAGCAGCAAAAAUUUUUGCAGAGUACCACAAACGCCUCCGUUACUAUGUUAAUCAAGCAAGGGAUGCCCAGAGGUCAAAUGUUGAUUCCUCUGAUGAGAUGGUCACUACUUUUCAGCUUAACAAUGAAAAAGAGUCUGUUUAUUCAACUGUUAAAGGAACUAAAGCUGCAGAUGAUGUAAUUCUCAUUGAAACUACCUGGGAAAGAAAUAUCCGGAAAGCUUGUGAAGCUCUGGCAGUGCAGAUGGCAGAAAAGAUCCGCAUCUCUUUUCCAGCUUAUGAAGGAAAUGGAAUCCACUUAAGUCCUCAGGUAGAGGUAGCAAAAUUGGGUAUUGAUUUUGAUGGGGAUGUACCUGAUGAGGUUAAGGAUGCUAUAGUCUGUUGCUUAAAAAACCCUCCUCAAUUGAUUCGUGCAAUCACUGCAUACUCCCAAAGGCUUAAAGCUCUGAUUUCCAGGGAAAUCGAAAAAAUUGAUCCCAGAUCUGAUGCAGAAAUGCUAAGAUACAAGUAUGAAAAUAACAGAGUAAUGGAUGCUUCAACUUCUGAUGUUAACUCACCAUUACAAUACCAGCUUUAUGGUAAUGGAAAAAUUGGAGGUGAUGCCCCUUCAAGGGGUAACCAAAAUCAACUCCUUGAGAGACAGAAAGCACAUGUUCAGCAAUUUGUGGCUACUGAAGAUGAAUUAAACAAAGCUGCAGAAGCUAGAAAGACAAGUCAAAAGCUUUUGCAGCGCCUUCAAGGAACUGGAGAUACAAUGUCUUCUAACACACUAGGUAUUGGUGCUACGUCACAGAAUAUGGGCAGUCUCAGGCAACUAGAGCUUGAGGUUUGGGCAAAGGAAAGAGAAGCUGCUGGAUUACAAGCUAGUGUGAAUACAUUGAUGUCUGAGAUACAAAGAUUAAAUAAAUUGUGUGCAGAGAGAAAGGAAGCUGAAGAUUCCCUAAGAAAGAAAUGGAAAAAGAUUGAAGAAUUUGAUGCUAGGAGAUCUGAACUUGAGUCCAUCUACAAUGCUUUACUUAAAGCUAGCAUGGAUGCUGCAUCGUAUUGGAGCCAGCAGCCAGUGGUAACGAAGGAGUAUGCAGCAAGCACUAUUAUCCCUUCAUGCAAUAUUGUUGUGGACUUAUCAAGCAAAGCAAAGGAUCUUAUUGAGAAAGAAGUUUCUGCUUUCUAUCAAACUCCUGAUAAUACCCUUUACAUGCUUCCAUCAACACCCCAGGCACUAUUGGAGUGUUUUGGUUCCAGUGGAUCUACAGGACCAGAAGCUGUGGUUGCUGCUGAAAGGACUGCUGCUGUUUUGACAGCCAAAGCCGGUGCAAGAGAUCCAUCUGCAAUUCCAUCUAUAUGCCGCAUUUCUGCUGCACUCCAAUCUGCUGCAGGUUCUGAUGUCGCUCUAGCAUCAGUUUUGGAGUCCAUGGAAUUUUGCAUUAAGCUUCGGGGUUCCGAGGCUUGCAUACUGGAAGAUUUGGAGAAGGCAAUCAAUUUGGUCCAUGCACGUCGGGAUCUCUUUGAGAGUGCCCGUGCAUUGUUAGAUCAUGCUUACCGUGCACAGCAUGAAUAUGACAGGACAACAAAUUACUCUCUAAAUCUGGCUGCUGAACAAGAGAAAACUAUUACUGAGAAAUGGCUACCUGAACUGAGGAAUGCAGUUAUUAAUUCUCAAAAGUUCCUGGAGGACUGCAAAUAUGUUUGGGGAUUGUUAGAUGAAUGGUGGGAGCAACCAGCAUCAACUGUUGUUGACUGGGUAACUGUUGAUGGACAAAAUGUUGCUGCCUGGAGUAACCAUGUGAAACAGCUUCUUACAUUUUACGAUAAGGAACUUUUGUAAAGGACCGACAGCCAGCUCGGAGAUGUCCUGGAAAAUUUAUACUGUAACACCUCAAUUCUAUUCCACUUUCAUGAUUCGAUUGCCAUCAAAUCUGGAAUUGCCCGAGGCUUUAGGUGGAGAACACAACAGUAGCUGAAUUUAUUUGAAUUAUCACUUGAACAUGAGGAACUGAGCAGGGCGCGGUGCCCUGUCUCUAUUCUUCAAUGCUGAGCCUGAGAUGCGGCUCCAAGUGCAUUAUCUGUCAUGCCCCGAUUGCCCCCCAUGUAUAGAUGUUUUCUCAAUUGGGGACGCUCUUCUGUAUAACAGGUAAAAGUUUAGUUCAUUUUUGGAUCCGUUGCAAUUGUAUUAUCUGAGGCUUGUUAUACCGCCAAUAUAACUGCUUUCAUAGGGCUACUGUUGGUAGCGAGCUUCAUAGUUUAUCCUUGGUAUAUAGAGUAUGUUCAUUGGCAUUUGUUGUUAACGUCGUAGUUUGCCCCACCUUUGUCGGUGUACUGGUAUAUGCGGAGGAGUAUAUACAUACAUUGUAGUGGUAUGUAGUUGAAAUGUUGAAUUUGUUGCUGGUUUCUUCAUUCAAAUGCAGAUGUUGGCAAAAAUAGGCAUGAGUAACUUUCCUUUUAUAAAUGUGGAAAAUCUAUUGUGGA